AGAAAAAAAAAAUGUCUCUAACCAUCCCAAAUUCUCUUUUCCAGUUCUUGACCAACCUCAACUUCACUUCCACUCCUGCAGUUAUCUGCUUUACCCUACUGGUAGUUUUCAUUUUAAACCUAAUUUUCAUCCUUAAGCCUUCACCUGAAAUUUUCUUGCUAGAUUUUGCAUGCUACAAACCCCCCAGCUCUUUAGCAUGCACCAAGGAAAUGGUGCUUAAGAGGCUGAGACAGUAUGGGGAUUUCUCAGAGGAAAGUUUGGAAUUCAUGAAGAAAACAUUGGAGACAUUGGGCUCAGGCGAGUCCACGUACUUGCCGGAGGGACUGGUCAGGGAGCCGCCGGAGAUGUCGAGGGAAGAGGCGAGAAAGGAGGCGGAGAUGGUGAUGUUCGGAGCUGUGGAUGAGUUACUGGCGAAGACUGGAGUGAAGGGUGAGGAGAUAGGGAUAGUGGUGGUGAAUUGUAGUAGUUUUAAGGUUGUGCCAUCUCCGUCUUCCAUGAUUGUGAACAGAUACAAGCUUGGUGAGGGUGUUUUGAGCUACAAUCUUGGUGGGAUGGGGUGCAGUGCUGGACUGUUAGCGAUUGGGAUGGCCAAGAACCUACUCAAGGUGCACCGUAACUCUUAUGCACUAGUAGUGAGCACAGAAAACAUCACCCAGAAUUGCUACAUGGGCAAUGAUCCUCAAAAGCUCAUAUUCAACUGCACAUUUCGCAUGGGCGGAGCCGCUGUCCUCCUCUCCAACCGGCCCUUUGACCGCCGCUCCUCCAAGUACCAACUCAUCCACACCAUCCAUAACAAUACAGCAAGCUCUGAUCGCUCAUACAACUGCAUCAUCGAAGAAGAGGACCACGAGGACCACGUGGGUUUCACGUGCACCAAAGACCUCCUGGUCGUGGCAACCAACACCAUUAGAUCCAACCUCACCGCAACGGGCCCCCUAAUCCUUCCCGCAUCGGAACAGCUCCUCUGUCUCGCAAAUCAUCUAAUCAGGUGUUUCCACGUGGCAAACAUCUUGCCGUACGUGCCAAAAUUCCAGCAUGCGGUGGAUCAUUUUUUCCCUCACGUGGGUGGAAAACCGGUACUGGACGAAGUGGAGAGAAACUUGAGGGUAAGUGGAAAACAAAUGGAAGCUUCUAGAAUGACACUGUGCAGAUUUGGGAAUUUAUCCGGUAGUUCAGUGUGGUAUGAACUCUCCUAUGCUGAGGCCAAGGCUAGGGUCAAAAAGGGUGAUCGCGUGUGGCAGAUUGCAUAUGGGUCUGGGUUCAAGUGCAGUAGUGUGAUCUGGAAGGCGAUGAGGACCGUUGAUCGUGAGGAAAAGAUGAAUCCUUGGAGGGAUGUGAUUGAUCAGUUUCCAGUCGUUGACCCACAGAGCGCAGGAACAUUUCCCUUCUAUUUUGAGCCAUCCAAAUGAACAAAAUGGCGAUCGUACGACUUGUGUUUUUCUACUAUUGUAUUUUAAAAGAAUUUUUAUUGAAUAAAAAUUUAAGGAUGAAUUUUUAUUUGAAA